GAAAAAUCUCUUGCGCUUCCUUCAUUUCGCCCAUCAUGACCGAAAUUUCCGUUGAGAAAGGCUUUGAGGAUCGCCAGGAAAACGUCGCCAUCUCUUCGGACCACGAAGAGUAUACGGAACUCCUUACUAGAUUUGAUGCCAAACGCCAGAAAGAACUGCUGCGAAAAAUCGAUUGGCGCCUCUUGCCUUUGCUUACAGUCUUUUACCUCUUAUCAUUCAUGGACAGGUCCAACAUGGGCAAUGCAAGGCUCCAGGGGCUUGAAAGAGACCUCCAGAUGACUCCCACUCAAUACAAUCUCUGCUUGACCAUCUUCUUCAUCCCCUAUGGUCUCUUUGAGGUUCCAAGCAACCUGGCUCUCAAGUUUACGAAACCUUCUUUCUGGCUGCCUUUUCUCAUGGCAUCGUGGGGUCUUGUGAUGAUGUGCAUGGGAUGGGUGCACAACUACGCUGGCCUCCUCUCUGCACGGUUCUUCUUGGGCGUUGCCGAAGCUGGGCUCUUUCCUGGCGCGACGUAUCUUUGCUCUACAUGGUACCUUCGCAAGGAGCUCCAGUUCCGCAUCGCCCUGUUCUACACUGCUGCCAGUCUUGCGGGAUCCUUUUCGGGUCUUCUCGCGUACGGAAUUGGUUUCAUGGAGGGAAUCCGUGGAUACGGUGGCUGGCGAUGGCUUUUCAUCCUCGAAGGCCUCUUGACCAUUGUCGUCGCUUUGGUCUCCAUUCCAUUCAUCUGCGAUGCCCCUGACGCCGUCGGAUGGCUUACGGACGAGGAGAAGAGGUUCGUGCAGUUGCGGCUCCAGUUUGACGGCCAUGAACGUGGCUACACUGAGACGCGAUACAAACCGAAGUAUCUGAAACAAGCUUUCCUGGACCUUAAGGUCUACCUUGGCUGUAUACUGUUCACUACUUGUUGCACGGGGACAUACUCGCUCUCAUAUAGUCUUCCAACAACCAUUAAGCUCCUUGGAUACUCGGCCGCAAAUGCACAGCUCCUGACGGUUCCUAUCUACGCCUUCGCGUGCGUUGUUUGCGUUGUCAACGCCGUCGUCGCCGACAAGCUCCAAAGACGCUUCCAGUCAAUCAUUAUACCGUUCCUUCUUGGCCUGUGUGGAUUCAUCAUAUGUCUAACGGUUUCGCCAACCGAAAAGCCGGGUGUUAUCUACUUUGCUAUGUUCCUGGUGGCCAGUGGGUUGUUUCCUACAGUGCCAGGCAUCGUCUGCUGGAUUUCGAACAAUCUCGCUGGUCAAUGGAAACGAUCUAUUGGUAUGGCGCUGGAGUUUACCUUGGGUAAUCUCAUUGGUGGUGUGGUUGGCUCGAACAUCUUCCUCAGCGGAGAGUCUCCCGAAUUCCGCUCUGCAUAUCUUGUUCUCGCGAGCAUUUUCUCCGUUGGUAUCUUGACAACAAUCACCAACCUGUUCGUUCUCGUCUCGGCUAAUAGGAAGGAUGCUAAGUCCCUCAAAUCACUGUCUCCAGCAGAGUUGGAGAGGUUCCACGAGGAGACAAAGGACGAUGGGGACAAGAGCCCCUUUUUCAAAUAUACACUGUGAGGUAGAGCAACAUGGUUACUUUCCGGUCCCUGCUUGCGACAUAGAAAUAUAUUGGUACUGCAACAAUCCAGCACCUGAAAUGGAAUGACGCCUUUCGUGAAUCAGGGCUCUAUAUGUUGCUGGUACCAUGCUAAUCCUAUAUGAUCAAUAGGAAUCUAAAAUACCUCGAAGAUGCUAUAGUUGUGACCCUCUCAAGUGGUAUAGGAGAUUGUACUUGCGUCGAAACCACAAUUGUUGGCUUCGACAAGUCGAAGUGGC